AUGACAACGCCAAUUCGUGUAGGAGCAAAGCGGUUGCCGAUCAGCUGUCAAGCUUGCAGAUCACGGAAGAUUCGCUGCUCGCGCGACGGACGACCAUGCCAGACAUGUGUUCGCCGAGGUUUGGGUGCAGAAGACUGCAUAUACCUGGGCCAGCCUAGACUAUCCUUCGAACACCCUGCCGCAGAUCUGACCGUGCAAAACGAGUUGCUCGCCCGUAUCCGCAAUCUGGAAGAUGUGCUCCAGAGGCAAAUGGGGUUGCACUCCGAAACCCCAGGCAGCGAUUCUCUAUCCUCGCGGGCUUCCCCCGCUGCGACAAGUAGCUUUCUCGAGCCAGAUACUGGUCCGGGCUCGGGUUUCUUCCACUCGUCAAGUAGCGCAGUCAUGGGCAAUGUUGGCACCCUCCAGACGUUCGCAUCGGGCUAUGUGCGGUAUCUGCCAGUGGCGCCGCAUUGGAGCUCGGUAUUAGUUACAGGUUCUAAUACCGAAACUUUGCAGAACAUCGAUUCAGAAGUCCCAGAGGAUGAUGACGAUUUACAAAUUCCACUGGUCAAGAGUGGAUCUACCUCGAGGGAUGAACUGCUGGCGGCUCUCCCCCCCGGUCGAUAUUGCGACGCACUCAAGCAAGUCUAUUUCAAAGUCUUCUCUCCGAUGUUUCAUAUCCUUCACGAUCUCACGUUCGAGGCGGAGUAUCAACAAUUUCGCCAUGACCCAUCCAGUGUGACCGUAGCAUGGAUUGCGCUGCUCUUCACCAUUCUCGGAAUCGCCGUCACUGCACUCGAUGACAACGACCCUCUCCUUUCUGAUCUCGGUCGUGAGAAGACAGUCAGUCGCAAUAUAAAAGUGCUGUCGGCCCGUUACCGUUCUGCCGCCUUGCGCUGCUUGGCGGCCGAUAAUAUCAUGUCUCGGCACUCUAUCAACUCACUUCAAAGUCUCGUCUUGCUCAGCUACGCCCGGCUUCAUCGUGGGCUGCCGACAUGGACCUUUCUGGGCUUCACUCACCAUGUGGCAAUCGCGAUGGGCUGCCACGUUGACCCUGAGCGGUUCGCACUCGGACCAAUCGAACGGGAGGAGCGCAGACGUGCCUGGGCUAGCCUCACAAUGCUGUACACCAUUCAGAAUUCUUUCUUCGGAUAUCUUGACCGGCGCAUUCUCGCCCAGGAUGUGAGGCUGCCCUUGGAUGUAAACGACGUCAAUCUUCUGACAGGCACGGUCUCAGAACCGGUGACUGGUCCCACCCAGAUGACAUAUCUCCUGUUACAAAUCCGUUUAUACAAAGUAGCCUUCCUCAUCUGCGAGACUUUGUUUACAUUCCCCGCCCGGCUUACCGUCCCCCAGCUCGAGGCCGAGCUACUCGCCGUCCACGAGGUGUGCGAUAAACGAUACCACCUGGACCUGAGCGCAGAGCCCCUGCCGGCACAUCAUCAAGCCAACCUGAACAUUCUCUACAACCACAUCCACCAGCAGUUCCUGCUCCUCCUACGGCCGGCCCUUUGCCGCCACCUGCGCGGCGAAAUCAACCCAGAGACUUGCGCCGCCAAGGCCAAAUGCGUAACCUCCGCCAAGGCAUCCCUGGCAAUCCACAAGUCCAUGUUCGAGUCACCCAGUUUCACCGCUUACAAAUGGUACAACAGCGGCCUAGGCAGCUUCCACGCCUUCCACGCAGCCGUCACCUUGUGCAUCAUCAUCAUGAUGGCUCCGGAAAGCCAGUUCGAGUUCUCCGAGGUCAAAGACCUCCUCCGCGAAUCCCUAGACGUCUUCGCCGCGCUGUCCAACCGCAGCAAUUUCUGCAGUAAAGCGGUGCCCGUCCUGCGACGGAUCUUAGACGCCGUCUCCUCCCGCAAUAUCAACCACCACCACCACCACCACCACCACCAGAUCCCAACUCCAGGCGCCGACGCCAGCGUCUCCCCACGUGCGAGCGUGAGUGUAAGCCCGACUCCGCUCCCGGGCUACGCCCACCCCCGAUCCCCAACAGAAUUCGCCAUGGAGCCCCUACUUGCCCAGCUCCACCCGCAGAACUGGCUCUAUCCGCUCUCCGUCCCCUGGAACGGAUGGGAUGUCUUGACCCAGGUGACAUACGGUCCGCAGCAGCAUGGUCUGGGGUGA